AUGGAAAACUAUGAUGAGUCUGCUGAUGUUGAUGUUGAUGUUGAUUCCAUUCAUUCAAGUGAACGUGAUUCAUGGGACGAGGAGUUGGACGAUGAAGAAAGUUAUUCGAUAUCUAAUAUGAAUCAAAGUUCAGUGGAUGGCGAUCAUUCAGCUGAUAAUGGCAAUGAUGAUGGAGAUGCAGUUGGAUGCAAUAGCCAGAUAAGGUUUGAUACCAUAACUGCUGAAGAAAUUCGUUCUAUGGAAUUUGCCACUCUUAAUGAAGCUUAUGACUUUUAUUACCGUUAUGGUAAGUAUAAUGGUUUUGCUGUUAGGAAAGGUGAUAGUAGGGUAAGAGGUAGUGAAGGUAAUAAAGUAAUAAAAAUGAAGCAGUUUGUAUGCAACAAACACGGUGUAAGAGAGAAGAGACACUUAGUUAGGGUAGAUAGGAAAUUAGAACAUAGACGGUUGACCCGCACUAAAUGUGGAGCCAGGCUUCGUGUGAAAUACAAAGCUGAAAAAGAUAGAUAUGUAGUUUCAGCUUUUGAAGAGACUCAUAACCAUGAAUUAACCCCAGCUAGGUUUGUGCACUUACACCCCGUAUAUCGUAAAAUUUCUGAAGUAGAUAAGGCUCAGGUGGAUAGUCUUCAGAAACGUGGCAUUAGAACAUGUCAUAUAAUGGGGUACAUGGUUGCACAGAAGGGUGGAUAUGCUGAUGUUGGUUUUACAAAGAAAGAUUUGUACAACUAUUUUGAUAAAAAAAUGCGUGCUGUUAUUAAAGAUGGUGAUGUUGCCGCAGCUUUAAACUACCUGAAUAUGAAGUCGUCUAGUGAUCCCAUGCUUUAUGCUGAGUAUGCUGUAGACAACGUUAAUGGAAGAAUGAAGACUCUUUUUUGGGCUGAUGGGAUUAGUAGGACCGACUAUUUUUGUUUUGGUGAUGUGCUUGCAUUUGACACGACUUACAGGAAGAACAAGUACAACUAUCCGUUGGUUGUAUUUUCAGGGUGUAACCACCACUCUCAAACAGUAAUUUUUGGUGCUGCAUUGGUGUCAGAUGAAACGACGGAGACGUAUAAGUGGGUGUUGAGGUGUUUCCUAGAAUGCAUGGAAGGUAAACAACCAAAAGCGGUGGUAACAGAUGGGGAUGGGGCAAUGAGAGAGGCCAUAAAACAGAUAUUUCCCGAUGCUAACCAUAGGUUAUGUGCUUGGCAUUUGAAUAAGAAUGCAAGUGAGAAUGUGAAGAACGGAAAUAAUUUUUUGGACGGUUUUUCAAAGGCCAUGUACUCAAAUUUUACAAUAGAUGAAUUUGAAGAGUAUUGGUCACAAAUGAUUAAAGAAAAUGGAGUGCAAGGACAUCCUUGGGUAGUCAAAACGUACGAGAAUAGGUCACUGUGGGCUACUGCAUAUCUACGAGAUAAUUUUUUUGGACGUAUAAGAACUACGUCGCAGUGCGAAGCUGUUAAUGCAAUAAUUAAGAGUUAUGUCAGGAAGCAAGGAUGCAUUUUUGAAUUUAUGAACAACUUUGAUCAGGCUUUGAGAGAUUAUAGAAAUAAUGAGUUGGUUGCUGAUUUUAAAUCAUCGUCUACAGAUCCUGUGUUGUCGACGCAACUGCAUGUGAUUGAGAGUCAUGCUGGUAAAAUAUAUACGGCGGAGCUUUUCAAAGAAGUUAGACAUGAAAUAUUGAAAGCCGGUGAAUUGAUAGUUAGGGAGAAAAGCGAAGUCGGGGAGGUUUGA